GGCAAGAGUUUAAACUGAGUGACUAGGGGUUGGAGAGAGCUGGAGAUGGAAAAUGGUCAUGGGUUACCUUCAAGGGUGGCAUAAUCUUCUCCAGGCUGUCCUCUACUCUCCGAAAUGACCUCCUUAACUGAUACUUUUCUGGACCCAUCUAAGUCUGCUUUCUUUGACUUCAACCAUGUAUCUACACCUUCUCCACAGUCCCAGCACUCUCCAGUCUUAGGACAUGGACAUUACCCACUACCUGGUGUCCACUCUAUUGGACACGAGGGGUUCUUCUCUCCAGGGGUAUCAAGCUAUGGACCCAGGUCACUGGGAUACCCCUACUCAACAUCUGCUUCCCACCACCCUCUCCAUCAACACCAUCAUGGUGGGAGUUCUUACCUGAAUUACCAGCAGUUCACCAGUAGCAUGGGGCAGGGUGACAGAAUCCAAGAGAACCCAGACAUGGAGAAAUCCACCGUCAUAGAGAACGGGGAGAUCAGGAUUAACGGGAAAGGGAAAAAAGUGAGAAAGCCCCGGACGAUAUACUCCAGCAUACAGCUGCAGGCGUUGAAUCAGCGCUUCCAGCAGACGCAGUAUUUGGCUCUUCCGGAACGGGCAGAGUUGGCAGCCCAGCUCGGCUUAACACAGACUCAGGUGAAAAUAUGGUUUCAGAAUAAGAGGUCAAAAUACAAGAAGGUCAUGAAGCAAGGUCCAUCUGUACAGGAUUCAGAUCCCACACACACGUCAUUAUCGCUCUCCCCGUGUUCUCCUAACGUGACCCCCAUGUGGGAAAUCCCCCCAAGUGGAAAAACUGCACAACUACCUUCUAGUUACUUGAACAAUUUCAACCCUUGGUUCCAACCUCAUGACACUUUAUCAAGACCGCCACUUAUGUAGGAGACCGUUGGAUUUUUUUUGUUUUUUUUUUUUUAGUCCAGAUUUUGAUAUUUUUGAAAAGCUUUCCAAGUGCCUGAAGACACAAAAAGUGGGAAAACACUGAAAAUGUAACAAUUUGAUUCUCGAGAAGGAGUAACAAAAAACCCCCAACAUUUGUUCUUCAUUUUGUUCUUUCAUGGGAAGAGAUAGAAGUUUUAUUAGAUGAUCAAGACUUGAAUUUCCACAUCUAAAUUGCAGAAGAACUAAAAAUAAUAAUUUUCUCGUCAUGUCGUCAACAACAUGAACAUUACGUACCUUUAUACACAUUCUUCUAAGAGUUACUUGAGGUUCCACUAAAAAGCAUGAGGUUUGAUAGAUCUCAAGGAACUGAAUGAUGGGCAAACUUAUAAGGUCUUCUUGGUUUCCACCAUAGAAGUGGAGAUGAGAAAUGGUUGGUGACCUAAGAUAAGAAGGACAAGUGUCACAUUUUGAUGGUUAUGAACAUAUGGUGGUGUUUGAUCUGGAAGAAGAGUCUUUAGAGACGUCCCUUGGUACAGAAUAAGGUUGAGGUCAAUUGUGGUCACUUCCAUAACCCCAAAUCUGUCCGACAGCGUUGUAGGCCUUGUUUAAUUGUGGUUUUAUCAGUGCCCUUUACCAGAACGGACCUUAAGGACACGUGGUUCCCUCCAUGAUAAUUCUUGACAAUUCCAGAAAGCUACAUCUUGUCUCUUGAA